CGCAGGUGCGCGUCCCAGGUGGCGGGCGUUGGGGUCGGGCCGGCAGUGCCCGGGUUCGGUGGCCGAAGCUGCAGCGGGGACUCCUCUGGUUUUUAUGGCCCGCGACUUGGGGACUGUGCGGGCCUCUAAAGCAAGGUGGAGCCCAGAUGGGCAUGGUCUCGCCCAGAGAAAGUUACCAAGGCAGGGGCUUCAAAAACAGGAUUUGAAAUAGUCCAAGUGUCCCCUUUUGAAACGGGAAGAAGAAACUGCCUUAACGAAGAGCAUGAAGUCAAAUAAAACUCCACUUUUAUUUCAAGUCAGGGAGGUAAAAGUAAACCACUGCUCUCUUUCCCCGGUGAUAUCGGGUGUUUUGUUACUUGAAACACCCGGUUUUCCUUAUACACAUCAUGUCAGAAAGGAAACCUGAGAAAAAGAGACCUCGUAGAAGUUUAUCAACUAGCAAGGCUAAAAAAAAUGAAUCUAACUCAAUUAUUUCAUUUUUUAACAAUGCACCCCCUGCAAAACUUGCAUGCCCCAUCUGUAGUAAAAUGGUGCCAAGAUAUGAAUUAAAUCAGCACCUCGAUGAAGUGUGUGCUAACAAUGGUGACAUCGCUCCUGCUGGUUCGGGGCAUACUGGCUUAAAGAAAUCAAAUGUAUCCACAAUGAAUUUAACCAGUGUUACGGUAGAAAAUGUUACCCCAGAGAAAUUGUUAUCACCUAAGACCAAUUUAACCCCUUACCAAAGUGAGUCAACAAAAAUUGGCAUAAAACAGCAGACAAGCCCCUACUUUAAAAGUAAGGAUGAUUUGGUGCACAAAAAUCAAGAUGAACUGUCAUAUCGCAAUGUGAAAGUCAUUCCUUUGGGAAGUCUGUCAUCUAAAUUGUCCAGAAGAUACAUAAAGGCUAAAAGAUCAAUGAAUAAGAAUGAGGAAUUUGUCAAUCAUAGUCCACCGAGUUCCUCAUCCACUGCAGUCAGGAGCCUGGUAGAUAACUGUACAGAGAUUGAGGACAAGGAUCCAGUUUUUGAGAAUAGUUCUCAAAAGGAAAAUAUGUUUACUUGUGAUUUUAAAGAACAGAAUGCUGUGGAAUGCACUCAAAUAGUGGAAGCUGGAAGCUUAAAGGCCCCCCAGGAACGUGGGCAAUCAGCCUUCACUCCCGCCCUUUCAGAUACUGCUACCAUGUUAUAUUCACCAGAUUUAACUCCUGGGAAUAAAUUAAAGUCUGCUUUAGAGAACAGUUUUGCAAAGGAGAAUAUCAAAGUAGAUAGAAAAGGUGUUGAAAAAUACGAGGUAGCAAGUUGUGAAGAGGUAAAGAUGACAGUUGGUUCAGAAGUUACAGGACAGUCAUCACAUCAGGAGACAGGAUCUCCUGGGUCUGCACAUGCUGGUUCUAACUUGACUAGCCUCCAAGAACUUCCUCUGGAAGAUAAUGGUGGCUUCAGGAGUGAAAUCAUUGGCAAGAUUCCUUUGGAGCAAGGAUCAGGCGCUAAUGUUCCCGCUGAAACAAUUCCAGCACGGCCGAGUCAUCCUUACUAUCUUCAGAGUUUCCUCAUGGUGCUGAAAGCCGUGUUUGAGAAUGAAGAUGAUCAGAUGCUCUUUGAUGAAGCUGAGAAGGGAAUUGUAAUGAAAUUUUAUCAGUUAUCAGAUAAUGGUCAAAAGUUAUAUGUACGACUUUUUCAACGUAAAUUCAGCUGGAUUAAGAUAAAUAAAUUGGACUAUGCAGAGAUUGCUUCUGACUUAACACCAGUGAUUGGAGAAUUAAAGCAGGCAGGCUUUCUGCAGACAGAAUCUGAGUUGCAAGAACUCUCUGAAGUGCUUGAACUUCUUUCUGCUCCUGAACUAAAAACCCUGGCAAAGACCUUCCACUUGGUGAAUCCCAAUGGGCAGAAACAGCAGCUGGUGGACACCUUUCUCAAAUUGGCCAGACAGCCUUCAGUUUGUACUUGGAGCAAGAAUCAGCCUGGAAUCAGUGCAGUAAUUUUAAAAAGGGCUAAAGACUUGGCAGGACAGUCACUGAGAGUCUGCAGAGGCCCUCGGGCUGUGUUUUCCCGGAUCUUGCUACUGUUCUCAUUGACUGACUCUCUGGAAGAUGAGGAAGCCGCCUGUGGUGGUCAGGGACAGCUCUCUACUGUGCUGUUGGUCAACCUUGGUCGGAUGGAGUUUCCCAGGUACACCGUCAAUCGGAAAACCCAAAUCUUCCAAGAUAGAGAUGAUCUUAUCAGAUAUGCAGCUGCCUCGCACAUGCUGAAUGAUAUUUCUACUGCAAUGGCUAGUGGGAACUGGAAGGAAGCUAAUGAGCUCUCUCAGUGUGCGAAAAGGGAUUGGAACAAUCUGAAAAACCACCCUUCUCUGAGGUACCACGAGACAUUACCGGUCUUUCUGCGGUGUUUCACGGUCGGGUGGAUUUACACGAGGAUUCUGUCUCGGUCCGUGGAAGUGCUGCAGAGACUCCACCUGUACAAGGAAGCAGUGGAGGAGCUUGAGAACCUUCUGUCCCAGCAAGUGUACUGUCCUGACAGCAGAGGCCGGUGGUGGGACAGGCUGGCUCUGAACUUACACCAGCACCUGAAACGCCUGGAGCCGGCCAUUAAGUGCAUCGCAGCAGGGCUGGCGGAUCCAGAGGUCAGGACGGGGCAUCGCCUUUCGCUCUACCAGAGAGCCGUGCGCCUGAGAGAGUCUCCGAGCUGUCAGAAGUACAGACACCUCUUCCGGCAGCUGCCAGAAAUAACGGUGGAAGAUGUUAAGCAUGUGACCAUCACGGGCCGGCUGUGCCCACAGCGUGGGAUGGGCAAGUCCGUGUUUAUGAUGGAGGCUGGGGGGGCCGCCCCUGCCACCGUCCUGUGCUCUGUGGAGGAGCUGGCUCUGGCCCAUUAUAGAUGUGAAGGCUUCGACCAGGGUAUUCACGGGGAAGGGUCCACCUUUAGCACACUCUGUGGCCUCCUCCUGUGGGACAUCAUCUUCACGGAUGGGAUACCAGAUGUCUUCAGAAACACCUACCAGGCGUUCCCCCUGGACUUGUGUACAGACAGCUUCUUCACAAGCAGGCGGCCAGCCAUCGAGGCCCGGCUGCAGCAGAUCCACAGUGCCCCGGCAGAGAGCCUGAGGGCCUGGGUGGCAGCCACGUGGCAGGCCCAGGAAGGCAAAGUGGCUUCCCUUGUCAGCUGGGAUCGCUUCUCGUCUCUUCAGCAAGCUCAGGAUCUUGUUUCCUGCUUGGGGGGUCCCAUCCUCAGUGGUGUGUGCAGGCGCCUGGCUGUGGAUUUCCGCCAUUGCCGAGGAGGCCUCCCCGACCUGGUUGUGUGGAACUCCCAAAAUCAUCGUUUUAAGCUGGUGGAAGUUAAAGGCCCCAGUGACCGUCUUUCACAGAAGCAAAUGAUCUGGCUGGAUGAGUUGCAGAAGUUAGGGGCUGAAGUAGAAGUCUGCCAUGUCGUUGCAGUUGGAGCGAAGAGCAAAGGUCUUAACUAAGAGCUGUAGAAUUGAGAAUAUCAGUCAUAUAUAUAAGAUUUCAAAAGCAUAAAGUGACCCUGUAUUUAAUUUUGUUACUGGUGGUAAUAAACUUGACGGUUUAACCACUCAUCUU